AUGGCGGCCUCAAGUGAUAAGGUGAUAAGACUCGUCCCCAACACAGAACAGGAAGCAUACACACUGAGGAAAAUAUGCCACCAAUUUAAGGUGGACCUGUGGCAGCCCAGCAGUGUCUCCUAUGUCUCAGAGGGAACAGUUACUGAUGUCCACAUUCCCCAAAAUGGUUCCCGAGCCCUGUUAGCCUUCUUACAGGAAGCCGCCAUCCCACACAAGAUCCUCAUAGAAGAUCUCCAGAACACUCUAGAAAAGGGAAGCAGUUUGGAAGCCCAGAGAAAUCGAAGAUCCCUCUCUGAAUAUAAUUAUGAAGUUUAUCACUCCUUAGAAGAAAUUCAAAAUUGGAUGCAUCAUCUGAAUAAUACUCAUUCAGGACUCAUUCAUAUGUUUUCUAUUGGAAAUUCAUAUGAGGGAAGAUCUCUAUUUGUUUUAAAGCUGGGCAGAAGAUCACGUGCUUACAAAAGAGCUGUCUGGAUAGACUGUGGUAUUCAUGCAAGAGAAUGGAUUGGUCCUGCCUUUUGUCAGUGGUUUGUAAAAGAA